CUGCUAUAAAUUUCUAUUAAAUUAUAAUCGAUAACUGCCCGAUUGUACGGAAAUAACAUAACAGUUCGAUUGCAAACGAACAACAUAUCAGGCACAGGGUGAUUAAAAUUCUUCAAACCUAAAUUUCUGAGAUGUACCAAUCAACGCUUCAUCCCUAUACUUUUAUUUACUUUAAUAAUAAACAUUUUUAUUUAUCAUUUACAUUAAUCAAAUGGAAAAGAUAUGUCGAGUUUGCCUGGCGAACCACGACGAACUGGUCAAUAUAUUCCAUGGAAAGACUGGACUUGGACUUUCGAUUCCGGAGAUGAUUGCCAAGUGGUCCGGCUAUCGAGUUUCAAAAGGCGACUACCUUCCCGAACACAUUUGUCCAAGUUGCCUGGAAGAUGCGCAGCAUGCAUGCAAGUUUCAAAAGUCUUUAAAAACCCCAAAGAGCGAACCUCCUGAUUUGGUUGAAAUUGAUCAAUCCACUGAAAAGGUUCAAGAGUUCGAAAUAUGUGUAGGCGACUUAUAUCAAACCCAUUGCCAUAGUCAGCGAACUAAGGAUGCUUUUGGGGAUCAUCAUUAUUCGGCUUCCCUAGUGCUUCCACGUAAUACAUGGAAAUUCGAUGAUCGCGACCGUUCCCAUUGUCUCUCCAGAGAAACACCUAACCAAGACGCACAAACUGUGAUAUCCACACCGGUGGACAAGCGAAACACCCGGCUGGGCACUCGAGAAAAAACACAUAAGUGUUGUUACUGCCCAAAGGCCUUUAGGGUCAAAUAUGACCUUACAAAGCACAUCCGGACUCAUACGGGAGAGCGACCGUUUCAGUGUUCACACUGCCAGUGGUCCUUCAAACAAAAAUACCAUCUUAGACGACACAUGCUCGUCCACACAGCAGUUGGACCAUACAAGUGCUCAACAUGCGAAAGGGCCUUUAAGAGCUUGAAUCUUCUCCUAACUCACAAUUUGAUUCACUAUUCGGAAGUUUUAGAAAAUUAAAAUCAAACAAUCCCGCAGGUCCAACAACGCAUUGUAUUUUAAUAUAAAGCUAAGGUAUGGAAACUCAUCUAAGUAAUAAAAUAACCAUUUUACUCAAAAUCGCAUUAGAUUUAUUGUUCGAUAACAUUUAAACUAACUAGUUUCAAUACUCGAUAUUCGCUUUAAAAUUCAACAAAAUUAAAAUCUUAAGAGAGCCCGCUUAGCAAUACAUAACGUACUCGUAAACAAUGCAAUGAAUUAAAAAUAAGUUAGCACAUUGAGAAGUUUAUAUGAUUCUGAUCGAAUGUGAUGCAUGAGUUGUUCUUAUAGGCUAGGCAAA